UUUUGAAACUAAUAUUAAAUGCAUAUCCAAAUUUUAUUUUUCUUUAAAUUUUAUACGAAAAAAACCAAACACAUCCGCCCCCAGCUGUGAGAAAUAAACCAGUGGCCUGUCACUCGCCUGGUAGUGGUGGUUAUCUCCACUGUCCAACAAAUCAACAAUGGAAGAAGAAGCAAGCUCUUGAACUUGAAGAGAAACUUCUUUUUGAAUUACAGAAAAACGAUACUAUCAUUCGCCAUUAGUGCCAGAUGAAGGAGAUGCGACUUAGAAUGUUCCGUUUUCUGGAAUCUUAGAAGGAGGGAUAGGGCAAUCUUGCGCAGAGAAGCGUACUCCAUGAAAGCCCUUUCGUCGGUCAUUUCAUCGGCAUGUGGUGGUUCGUCCCGUUCUUCUUCCUGCACUAUUACGGCCAGGAGCAAGAAGUCUCAACCGCCUUCUCCCAAGGGUUCUGAGUCAAAUCCUCCCAGAAUUACAUCAAAUGUCAAGCAGAAUUUGCAGUUCUUAAGGUUAUGGAAGGAAGUCCAAAGGGGAAAGUGCAGCUCACCUAAGCCUGCUACAAGUUACCGGAGAAAGAAGGUGAAGAAAGAUGACCUUCCUGAAGAUAUAGAGCCUUAUCAUGAUCCUACCACAACCCUUUACUACACAAACCAGGCUGUAGAUACUGCAGUCCCUGUCUUACUUGUUGAUGGCUAUAAUGUGUGUGGCUACUGGAUGAAGCUGAAGAAACAUAUAGUCAAUGGAAGACUUGAUAUUGCUCGCCAAAAGCUUAUUGAUGAACUGAUAACAUUCGGCAUGCUGAGAGAGGUGAAAGUUGUGGUUGUAUUCGAUGCCAUUAUGUCUGGACUCCCUACACACAAGGAAAAUUUUGCUGGUGUUGAUAUAAUAUACUCCGGUGAAUCUUGCGCUGAUGCUUGGAUUGAAAAAGAGGUUGUAGCCUUGAAGGAGGAUGGAUGCCCAAAAGUUUGGGUAGUGACAUCUGAUCGCUGUCAACAACAAGCAGCACAUGGAGCUGGAGCCUUUGUUUGGAGUUGCAAAGCAUUGGUCUCUGAGAUCAAAGUCUCACAAAAAGAAAUUCAAAGGAUGUUGCAAGAACAAAGAUCUACUUCCAUGCAAGGCAAAUUGUUGAAGCACAAUCUUGAUUCUUGUGUUGUAGAUGCACUCAAGGAUCUAAGGAAGAAGCUAUCUGAAAAUGGGUUGCAUAGCUGAUCAGUUUCUUUGGUGAAUCAUGUCCUUCAACCCUUGUAUAGUGCUAGGCUUGUGGAAAUGCUAGUUUCUUGACAACAACAAAUCAAGCCUUGGAGAUGGUGGCUUCUUGCAUAAAUAGUUUUCUUCUCUGUGCUACGUUUUUUUUUUAUCAGAACUGAGCAUUGUUUUACCCCACUUUGUAGUUCAAGUGUAUAUUCUCAUGAAUAAUUCAAGCAAAGCAUGUGACCAUUUGUACCAGGCAUAAAAUCUGGCUGUUUUGAGUGGGUUUGCAAAUUUUGUGCCGAGAGGAUUUGUCUAAUAAAUAGCCGCAACAAUCUUGCAAGCCACACCAGGCAAGAUUAAGCUGUUCAUUCAGAUUCAA